AUGGGCGCUCAUUUGCGGGGACAAGAGGGCCCAACCCCUGCGAACGCCUGUGCCCGACAUGACCGUGGCGGUGGGGUGCGACUCGGCGAUGCAUUUGCCAUCUAUUCGAUUGUUGCGUCCGCACCCAACUGGUCCAGCAUCCAGCUUGGGGCGGAAACCCUUGCGGAUUUGAACACGUCCCUGUCCGCCAUCCAACGUCGACUUCCCAUCCUGACUACGUUGCAGGCAGGCUCACCGGAGCUGGUGUCGCUGCCAUGUCCUUCCCGUCAGCAUGAACGACCGGAGGAGAAUGUUCCCUGGUUCCUCAUAAACGCAGCUGCAUCCUCGCAACACUGCUUGCUGGGGCAACAUAAUGCCCUCGAAACCAUGCUGAUGGUUCUCCAGCGACCGUGGUGUGUCCUCGAGCUUUGUUGUUGCGACACGGACACGGUGACCGCUGCCCACGCGUUUGCGCUCAUCGCUACUUGUAUCGACCGAGCAAAGUAUCAGCCGGCCGUGCGACUAUUAUCAGAUCGAGAUCAACGCACUCAACAGGCGGUGGAUAUGUCCCAAAGCCCUGGACUGAUCACAGAACGCCCUUCGCCACGCACUACUGUCGUAUGGACAUACACAAAGAGCGGCAGCUGGCCCUCGUAUGGCGAUGCGUACUUACUUGUCCACUUCUCCGAAUUGGAGACGGGAGAAAUCUCGGCAAUCCACCCGGACUCCCCCAAUUUUCCCAACUCGGUCGAGACCCCUCGGUUUUUCGAAUUCCUGCUGGGCAAUGGAAUCAUGAUUUUGGCGAGUUCUCUGCGCUCGGUACUGAGGAAUCUACAGGACUAG